AUGUCGCAUCAAAAUGACGAGAUCUUCCGAAAUUUGCCUAACGAAGAAGGAGAUAGUGGGUUCUCGAGUAGUGAGGCUAGUGAUACGAUACCGCCAUUAAUUUCGACCAGCAGCAGUAAGGCAGAAGGAGACUCAAGACCGGAGAACCAAGGGGAUAACCGCGCAGAACCACCUACGAUUGAUGAAGUGGAAGAAAAGAGAUUUAGAAUCAACAGAUACGAAAUGGCUCGAUAA